CACAUUUAAACAGCAAACAUAAACUGAGACUUAAAAUCAUGCAUUAAAACGGAAAGUUAAAUUAUACUUAAAUGCACACAUACUUGAAAACGAUUUAAAAGCGUUGUAAAUGCCUCUGAUAUAAAACAUACAAACGAAGUAAUAAGGAAUACAAAUUGAAAUAACAUGCAAUUUAUGAGAUGAAAAUAUAAAAGGAAGUUCCUACAGGUGUAUUUAACAGCGAUUUAAAUACCUGACAGAUAUCAAAUUCAAUGAUACAACCAAAUAAAAGAAAAAAUAAUACACGCACAGGAAUUUAAUCUAAUGCAAAAAAACAUCUGGAAAUAGCAUGCAAAUUAUGCGAUAAAAAUAUAUAUGGACAAAAUGGAAAGCUCCUCAAAAUAAUGUGAGUUUCUACGGAAUUUUUUCACCUAGUAAACAGAAGAUUCAUUAUUGAAAAUGACGGUGGAUGAAGAAAUAAGUCCAGGGAAGUCUGACCGAAUUCCUCCGCCGCUAAACAACGCAUGUGUUCCGGAUAUUUACAAUAAACUGGACGCGAAUGCAAUAGAAAAAACAAAAGUACUAAAUAUGCAGUUGUCAUUUAGACUUAAAAUUCAGGAAAAAGUGCUUUCUAAAUACCGAAAUGCUGUAGAACAAAGGUAUACACGUGAGAGAAACAAACUGCGGAUGGAUUUAAGGAAUAUUGGCCGACGAAUGCCAAAUUAUGCGGAUAUACCGCGUUUAGAAACUAAAGUGAAAAAGUUACGUAAAGAAAAGAAAGUCAAAAGUGCUCAAAAACAUGGUUGUGUAUUCACAACAGAACCUUUGGAUAUGAAAGGGAUAUCUGAAAAAGAUGAGAAACCAUUCUGUAAUAGAUUUUUAACACAUCACCUGCCGACGAAAUCUCGGUUUUACCAGGAUGUCUUACAUUCGGUGAAAAAAGGCAUGAGUAUGCCGGACUUGAGACCCAGGCCGAGUGACCGGUAUAGGAGAGUAAUACCAAUCAAAUCACAUCAUCUUUCACAGGAUUCUCUGACUCCAAAACUUCUACCCGUUAUUAAAUCAUUAGACGAUAGCUAUGUAUCAUCAAAAUCUCGGCUAGUCGAUUUCGACGACGACGAUAUUAAAACAAUUUGAAACGAAUUAUUUCGUCGUACAAAAUAGUUUCGAUUUACCGAGCGAUGUCCUGAAUGUAUAAAAUGUAUACAUUCAUAUAAUAAGAGGUGUUGAUGGUACUUUGUGCAUUUUUCUUCAACAAUAAGUUUUCAGUGGAUCUUAGUAUAUAAUGUGCUCUCCAAAUCGCGAUAUACUAGUCUUGUUAGGUUGUAGAAUUGUUUUCUGUGAGUGUUAAAACCACUUUUAGAUUCUUCGUACCGUUGUUUUUACAAUCAAAAUGCACACACAUCUGUGUUACUGAGUAUAUGAACAACCAAGGUGCCACGAGUCCUGAAUAUGUGAUAAGCCACUUCUUCAUUACUUUCAUCUUAAUGAAAAAGUCAAUAAUGUUAAAAAAAUGUUACAAUUUUGUUUAUUUUAUAGUGUGUUUUAUUUUUCAAUAAAGUAAAGGAUUUCAUGUGA